CGGGACCAAAACGAUAUAAAGAAGAAAUUAACCAUAUAUAUUCGCGCACACUUCAAGCUAUUCUGAAGCGCCGCUGAUCCCUUCAGGAGCGUCUUGGUGUUAACAGGCCAUCAUUGUGCACUACCUUGUAGAGGCUGAAGUACGCCAAUCACCAGCACAUUUGCGUGCUGCGACGAACGGACUCUGACAACUAAAAAAAAAAAAAACAGCAUGAGAUCGGCGUCUGCAUGGACCCUCAUUGUUGUAGCUGUCGUCCAACUUAUACCUGGGUCACAAUCCAGUAACGCUGCGAGUAAAAGCCAACAGCCGACCUUAACAGCGGGCAGCCCGACAGAUGCCGAGCCUCUGUUUCUCACUCCAUACAUUGACAACUGUUCUUACUACGAAGCACGAGAGAAGAGCAAAAUACCGUAUGCUCAGAGGUUCAAUGUUACUGCUUACUCUGGUUAUAUUACUGUGAACAAAACUGUUCGAAGCCACCUCUACUUUCUGCUGACUGAAGUACAGGGCAACUCAUCUGAUGCACCCCUCUUACUAUGGACUCAAGGUGGCCCGGGUUUGUCUGCACUGUUUGGUCUGUUUCUCGAGAACGGCCCCGUGGAUUUUAUUGGUCUUGACUCAAACUACAGUGCAAUAUUAGAACCCCGAAUUAAUACCUUACAAAAGAACAUGAGCGUCCUCUACCUGGAUCUCCCGGUGGGGGCUGGCUUCAGCUUCACAGAAGACGAAGAAAACGGUUACCCAACAAACCUCGAGGACAUAGUAGUGCACGUGAAGGAAUUUUUGACACAAUUCACGAAAGUAUUCUCUGAAUAUGAAAAUCGGGACUUCUAUCUCGCUGGAGAGUCAUACGCAGCAAGGUAUUCCGUCGCUGUCGCUUACUAUUGGUACCGGAUGAUGUUGAACGAGUCAAAGCUAAACCUCAAGGGGGUGAUUGGAGGCAAUGGAUUCCUCGGCCCUAUAUUUGAUAUAGCCAACUCCAGCGACUUCCUCUACCAGAUGUCGAUGGUCGACUCGAAUGGACGGGAACAAUUUCAACAACGGUUUCAGCUCAUGAAAAAGCUGGCAGCGUCUGAAAAUGCUAGCGAUAAAAUGUACGCGCUGAAGAUGGUCCUCAGCACUAUAUUUAUAAACGAAUCGGCGCCUACACUGUUUCAGAAUCUCACCUCAUACCAUGAUCACGCAAGCCCCAUGUACUCCCACAGACCAGUUCGAAUGCUAUACUGUGUUGGAUUUUUAAAUGAUACUGCAACCAAAGUAUUGCUGCAUGCUGGGGCGAACAACACUUUUCAAGUCUACCAUGAACCUAUGCUACAGAAAUUCGCUGUCGACGGCUUGCGGGAGAUCAGCGCCUUCAAUGAAGAUGUGCUAAACAAUUAUAGAGUGCUGUUCUUCACCGGACAAAUGGACGCACUUUUUCCAGCGGUAAACCAACGGGAUUAUCAUCGAAGGUUGAACUGGACGUACGCAAAUGAGUACAGAAAGGCCAUUCGUUAUCCUUGGCAGCCGCAUCCGGGGUACUACGGCUUUGCUGGAUAUAAGAAGACAGUGCAUAAUUUCACAGAAGCUGUCAUAUUAGGCAUGAGCCACUAUGGUGUCGUAGAGAAACCUGAUGAAGUAUACUUCCUGAUGACUGAAUUUAUUGCUAACUCAACGCAAGCUGCAAGUGUUUUACCAACAGCUUGAAACAAAGUAACACAGAAUAUAGCCCAACAGCCAAAGGACAAGGAGCUCCAGCUGUUACCUAGCAUCAAACGGGAGUAUUUUGGUUGAAUAAAAUGUUACAGUAUUUUCUGAGUAGACAA